CUCGUCGCCAGCCCACGGCAGCUGCAGAGAGAGAGAGAGACCAUGGCCACUCUCACACCUAUACCCUCGAGUCUAAGACUAGCUGCCCUGGCUGCAUGCAGACAGCAACGACAGGUGGCACACCAAGCGACGGCGCAGUGGCCGAGACACUACACCCUGGCUUUCCCAUCUCGUCGUCGACCACCACCACCACCACUACGACACGACCGCUCACGGCAACUGUCAACCUCCACCGCCUCCUCUGCCGCCACAGUCACCGCCGCAGACGGCCUGCAAGACAUCAAGCUGCCCACCCUCGAUGACUUGUAUCUCAAGGAAGGCGACAAUGUUGUAGUCGCCAUGUCUGGUGGAGUGGACUCGUCCCUCACUCUACGUCUCUUGGCAAACCUCCCCCUGAAACUGACGGUGCUGUUCAUGCGCAACUGGGACCCUCUGCUCUCUGAAGAAGCCGCCGCCGACGACAGAGGCGACACACAUGAUACCACGCUAUCAUACUCUUCUCGGGAUGCAGGGUCGUCCUCGCGCGUGCCCAACCUGUCGCCCUGCGCAUGGGAGCGUGACUGGGCAGACGUCAAGCGUGUAUGUGCGCACGUCGGCAUACCCGAACAGGAUAUUAGCCUACUAGAUCUGUCCAAAGAAUACUGGAGCAGAGUGUUCGAGCCGGCCGUCGCUGUCUGGGAGGCAGGGCAGACGCCAAAUCCUGACGUCGCAUGCAACCGGGAGAUCAAGUUUGGUGCCUUGAUGCAGCACAUUCAGCCAGGGCACUAUCUUGCGACUGGUAAGUGGCGCCGUCUCAGCCACUAUGCCCGUGUCGUGCGCUCCCCUGCGGGCGACGCCACACUGCACCGCGCAAUCGACAGCAACAAGGACCAAACAUACUACCUCAGUCAGGUCCCGCGCGACCAGCUAGCCAAGGCUGUGUUUCCUCUAGCGGGCAUUCCAAAGCCAAGCGUCAGAGACCUCGCCGCACACUUUGCGCUUCCCACAGCCGACCGGGAGGAGAGCAUGGGAGUGUGCUUCAUUGGCGAGCGUGGCCAUUUCGGCGACUUUGUGUCGCAAUACACUUCGCCGCCGUCGAGCACCGGCUACCUCGUCGACACGGCAGGGAAGCGAUUUGGGGUCCACCGAGGCAGCCACUACUACACGAUAGGGCAGCGGGCGCGGGUCGGGGGUAUGGACGGACGCUGGUAUGUGGCGCAGAAGGGGGUCGGCGAGAGUGGCAACGACAUCUUGCUUGUGCACGGAGGUGAUCACCCUGCGCUGCAGUGCAAGGAGCUCGCAUGUGGCGAGUUCAACUGGAUUGCAGGCGCUCCUCCGCCAGAGCUGGAGGAUGGCGGUGUCCUCGACGCAAUGGUGCAGGUCCGCCAUCGCAUGUCGGCCGUCAAGGCGCAGGUCGAACUCGUUGACGGGCGUGUGCAUAUCACGUUCGACGAUACUGUGGUCGGCGUCGCGCCGGGACAGAUUGCGGGCGUGUGGAAGGACGACCAAUGCCUCGGGAGCGGGCUGAUCGCUACCACGAGGUGCUUGGAGUAGAACUGUACCAUCUUCAUCACCACUCAUUGUACA